CGGCCAGGACGUCCGCCAGAAGAAUGGUGAUGGACCCGCAAAGGCCGGGGCCGCCCGAAUCUCCCUGCCCGCUCUCCUGGUCGGGUAUGCAGUAGGCCAGUGAAGGCUAGUCCCUGGUCGUGACCCAUGCCUAGCCCAGUCGAGAUCUGCGCUGGUCUCCGCGUCCGACUACGGAACCCCAAUAUUCACAAACUGCCUGGAUAAAUGAGUGAACUUUGAGAUUUGUACCAGUGCCGGAGAGUCGCCCAUCGCAUUCUGGAGGAUUCCCGAUACCCCUGAGCGCCAGCAGGUCUGUUGUCGCCACAUCGAACCAAGCACAACGAACCAAUCUCGAGGUGGUGAAGCACCAAACCAUCUCACCAUGUGCAAGUCCGAUCUCCACCAGUUUCUGGCCGAGCUGCCAAAGUGCGAGCACCACCUGCACCUGGAGGGCUGCCUGAGCCCCAAGCUCGUCUUCAAGCUGGCAGCCAAGAACAAUGUUGAGCUGCCGGAUCCCAAGACCAGCCCGGCCUACGAGUCGCCCGAGACGCUCGAGAAGCGUUACGAGCACUUUGACAACCUCGAGGACUUUCUGCAGUGCCACUACCGCGCCAUGAGGGUUCUGGUCAUGCGGGAGGACUUUGCCAUGCUUGGCUGGGAGUACUUUGCCGCCGCGCACGCGGACGGCGUCAAGCACGCCGAGGUCUUCUUCGACCCCCAGAGCCACACCUCACGCGACAUCCCGUUUGGCACGGUGGUGGCCGGCUACCGCGACGCCUGCGAUCGCGCCGAGCGCGAGCUGGGUAUCACCAGCCGCCUCAUCAUGUGCUUCUUGCGCCACCUGCCGGUCGAGUCCGCGGCCGAGACGAUGCGCAGUGCUGUCGACGGGGGAUACUUCGACGGGGAUUCGGACGACGCGCGGGCCAUUGCGGCUCUAGGUCUUGACUCGUCGGAAGUCGGGUUCCCGCCAGAGCUCUUCCGGGAGAUGUACGCCGAGGCGAAGCGGCUCGGUGUCCACCGCACGGCUCACGGAGGCGAGGAGGGCGAUCCCUCGUACAUCUCAGGCGUGCUGGACGCCUUGCACGGCGAGAGAGUCGACCAUGGCGUCAGGCUCGUCGAAGACCCCGAGCUGAUGCGCCGGGUCGUUGCUGAAAAGAUUCUCCUGACUCUCUGCCCGCUCAGCAAUGUCUGCUUGCAGGUCGUCAAGGACGUCAGCGAGCUUCCCAUCAAGACGUUCCUGGAUGCUGGUGUGAGGUUCAGCAUCAACAGCGACGAUCCUGCAUACUUCCACGGGUACAUUCUGAACAACUACUGCGCCGUGCAAAAGGCAUUCAACUUUGGGAUAAAGGAGUGGAAACUGAUUGCUGAGAACUCGGUCAAUGGCAGCUGGAUUGGUGAAGCACGUAGGUCGCAGCUUCUGGCUAUGAUAGAAGACUGUGUGAGCAAGUUUAGCGUUUGAUCAGCUCUGCCGUUAGUCUAGAAUAGGUCAUGGUCGAUGGAGAAAACCUGACUGAACCAAGAGUCGAUCUCCGCCCCUUCGCUGCCUGUGAAUGAAAAGGCCGCCGCAUGCGCAUUCGGGUCCACUUGAAUAGCCGGCCAGUCUUGUGUCUCCUUGGUGAGGUCUCCCGGAGCCAGGGCCAGGAGCCGGGCCAGUAUCUGGUUGUUCUCAAUCAUCUGGUUGAUCAUUGCGUGCCGGGU